CAAAUUACUAGUAGACAAAACUCAACAGAGAACUCAAAAUGAGAACAUUCGUGGUCAUAUUAGCACUAGCUUUGGCUGCAGCCUCGGCUAAUUUGAUUCCCCAACCGGGAUUCCCUGACGGCCGCAUCAUCAACGGUUACGAGGCCACUAAGGGAGAGGCUCCCUACAUUGUAUCCCUGCAGAGCACAUCGAGCUCGCACUUCUGUGCAGGAAGUCUGAUCGACAAUGUGACCAUUUUGACCGCAGCCCACUGUCUGACAAACAAGGAAGGGCAGGCAGUUUGUGGUGCUCACGACCGUACCAACCAGCAGGAUGUCCAGAUCAGGAAGUUCACCAAUGCGCAGUACGUGAUCCACGAGAAAUACGGCGGUGGUGUGGGACCGAACGACAUCGGCCUAAUCUUGCUGAAUGAGGAAGACGCCUUUGACCUCAACGCCGUGUCGCGCGAUGGAAGCAAUCCCGUGGCUGCAGUAGGUCUUCCUUCGAAAACAUUCGAGGGCACUGGUGAUGGAUGUCUAUACGGUUGGGGUCGCGACAACUCUGGUUUGCUGCCCACGAAUCUUCAAAAACUGGAUGCCAAUGUUAUUGGCUACACCGAGUGCAAGAACGCCUUGCCCGUCACCAGCUCGAUAGCAGAGACCAAUGUUUGCACCCAUACCUCCGGAAAAGCUGACGGAGCUUGCAACGGAGACAGCGGCGGCCCCUUGGUUAUCAAGUCAGAAUACGUUGACACUAUAAUAGGCAUCGUUUCCUGGGGAUACACACCUUGUGCAUCGACCACCUAUCCAUCCGUCUACACAGGAGUUGCCUCGUUUUUGCCUUGGAUCGCUGAGAAUCGUAAGGCUAAAUAAGCAUUAACCGAUAACUGUACCAUUACUUAAUCCCCCUUAUUAAACGAACAUUCUGUAUUCCA